AUGAAUUCUGAAGGAAACUGGGAUAUGAACAUUAUCAGAAAUUAUAUUGAUAUAUCUUUCCAUGAUGCUAUCAAUUAUGUUACUACUAACAUCAGUAUGCAUGAUAGAAUUAGAUGGAAAUCCACUAUAUCUGGGAAUCUUAAUACUAAGUUUGUUUACAAUUUCCUGACUAAGUUGAAUUUUGAUAAAGAUGAAGCUAAAUUCUGGAAACAAAUAUGGAAUUUAAACAUCUUACCCAAGGUGAAUAUGUUCUGCUGGAAAGUUGUAUCCUAUGCUCUGGCUCUAAGAAAUAAUAUGUCAAAAUAUGUGAAAGAUUCUGAACCUUAUUGUAUGCUUUGUGAUAACCAGGACUUAGAAGAUGAAAUGCAUUUGUUUUUUCAUUGUAACUUUGCUAAGAAAGUGUGGGAUGCUUUUGAACUCAAUAACAUCUAUCACUGUAAUGGAAACCUUGAUAUCAUGCACUGGUUUAAAGUUUGGAUGAAUAAUAAAAACUUAACUAGCAAGCAUAAUCUGAUCUCCUUCAUCAUAUGGUCCAUUUGGAAGUUUAGAAAUAGUGUGCAUUUUGAAAACAAUGUGCCUGAUGUGCAAAAGUUAAUUGAUAUCAUAAGAGAUUCCUACCAAAAGGUUAAUAUGAAUGGGGAAACUAAAACCAAUCAGGUUCCUGAUAAAGCUAAGAUGUUAUGUAGAGAUAAUCACUUUCAUGGAAGCAAUGCUUAUGAUUGGUUUAUUCAUUUUGAUGCCUACUUUAUUGAAGUUGAUUACACAAUGGGAUACGCUAUCUCAAUCCUGGAUAAUGCAAGAGUUAGGAAGCAAUGUCGUGCAGGUUGCAGUUGGGCCUCCUUCCCUUUAGAAGCUGAAGCAAAAGAUGGAAUCGAGGCUAUCAGGUGGAUGAAAGAAUUGAAACUCCAAAACUGCUACAUAAUAAAUGAUUGCCAAACUUUAAUGAAGAUUAUGAAAGGAGAAGUAGAUCCUGAAGUUCAACCUUGGAGGUCUCAAACUAGCAUCUAUAGAUGCAAAUUUUCCCUUUUAAAUUGUAAUUCGGUUUCCUUUAUGUACAAAACUAGGAAGUAUGUUGAUUUUGAAGACAAACUAGUUAAGGAUGCAAGAUCUAGGAGAAUUAAUUACUUCUCUACGGAGAAUUUGAGUGAAAAUGUAAGAAACAACAUCCUAGAAAGAGCUAAGCUUGGCUUGGCUCCUAUCUUGUAUAUUUUGCAAACUUCCUCUUAUGUAUAA